GGAAGACUUAUUGCAGAUAGCAAUGUAUCCCCUAUUGUAUUACCCUAUUGGCAUCUUGGGAUGGAGAACAUGUAUCCAACAAAGAAACCGUAUUAUCCUAGAGUAGGAAAAAAAAUAACAGUUGUUAUAGGUGAACCUCUUGAUUUUGAAGAUCUCAGGCAGCUACGGGAACAAAGAAAGUCAGAGGAAGAAGUAAGGAAGUGCAUUACAGACAAAAUUCAGAACGUUUUUGCAUCGCUCAAGGCGGAGACAGAAAUGAGACAUAAAGAGCAGACAAUGGACAAAUGAAGCUCGCGAAGUGUUAAAUGAAUGUUCAUAAGAUCUGAUCUUUGAACUGAUGUCAAUAAUAAAG